ACUUCGAUUCGUUCUUUUCUUUCGAAGCUGGUCUUCCGCUCUUUUAGGCGUUGUACGCUCCUUUGAAUCCAGUCAGAUCGAAUACUUUCUGUGCAUCUUGUUCAACAUGAAGGUCGUUCUUACGCUCCUGGCUGCGUCCGCGCUUGCACAGGGCUUCGCUAUCGACUUCGAGGCUCCGAAGGGGAACGUAAAGCGCUCAGUUUCGACGAUAUCCACGCCAGCGGCUUCUACUAGAGCGCUACCGACGCCACCUACCGGUGGUCCGGCUCCUGCAACUGGAGCUCCUACACCACCUCCAGCUCCUGUGGGCAAGGGGAAUGGUGCUGCUCCGCCAGCCCAUGGAAAUGGGACUGCUCCGCCGCCGCCGCCGCCUCCGUGUGGUGCUCCACCGCCACCUCCUGGCAAUGGCACCGCGCCCCCGCCGCCUCCUCCGGCUGGGUCUGGUGCACCACCACCACCACCUCCUCCUGGCAACGGCACGGCACCUCCACCACCUCCUCCGGCAGGAUCUGGUGCACCACCGCCACCGCCAAUUGACCCCGUUGGCCUAGCAGCCAACGGAACUGCUCCUCCACCUCCACCUGCGGCGUCUGGUGCUCCGCCGCCACCUCCGGGCAAUGGCACCGCUCCUCCUCCUCCUCCUCCUCCUCCCGCUUGCUCUGCACCUCCCCCGGAUGCAAAGGGAAAGGGAAAGGGAAAAGGAAAGGGUAAAGGUACCGGGACUGCCGCCGCCGCCGCUACGCCUCCGCCUGCUGCACCCUCAGGUGUGCCGCCACCACCUCCUGCCAACGGAACUGCCCCAGCUCCUCCGCCAGCUGGCAAGGGCAAAGGUAAAGGCACCGCAACGACCGCUGCACUCGCUGCCGCCACUCCUCCGGCGCCUCCUGCUGCGAAGGGUACGGCUAGUGCUCCUCCACCACCGCCCGCCGCCAGUGGCACGGCUGCUGCACCCCCGGCACCUCCUGCUGCGCCCUCUGGUGCUCCUCCGCCACCGCCUGCCAACGAGACAGCUCCUGAUGCCAAGGGCAAGGGCAAGGGCAAGGAUAAUGUUGCUGCUCAGGGCGUGGGAAAGGGCAAGGGGAAUGCCAGACGCAGAGUGCUCAGGCUUUUCUAGGCUGGGAAAGGGAUCCAGCUCUUGACGGGACAGCAGACUCAGGGCGCAUUGACUUGCUUCUCUUGAGGUCUUGGGCCGGGCAUGAGUUGGGAGAACGGGCGGAAGGGCACGAUUUCCUACUGUUGAAAUGGCAGAGCCAUCUACUGCGCAGUUGACAUGCAGCACAAAAACCCACAAACUCACGAAUAGUUCAAAGAAUGCAGUCACCAUGCCUUUUGAACCAAGAGG